AUGGCAGUGGUUGAGCGAAUUACAGAUGCCAUUGGAGGAUUUGGGUUGUCAGAUCUCUUCCCUUCCCUUAAAUUCAUCCACGUCGUUACUGGCUAUCGAGCCAAGCUCAUGGAACUUCAUAAGAGAGCGGAUUUCGUGCUUGAGGAGAUCAUCCAUCAACACAGAGCCAAAGCAGAUAGAAAAUGUAAACCUCAUAAUGAUGAUGAUGAUGAUGAUGAUGAAGAAAUAGAGGACAUUGUUGACAUUCUACUCACUAUUCAACGGACCGAAGACCUCCCACUUCCCUUAACAACUGACGGCAUCAAAGCCGUCAUUCUUGAUGUUUUCGCUGGUGGUAUGGAUACAUCAGCGAGCACAACUGAGUGGACUAUGUCUAAGUUGGUUCAAAAUCCGAAUGUUUUACGACUAGCACAAGAAGAAGUG